AUGACUGCUCGCUCUGUUAUUAACAUGGGUGCGUCGCCCUAUAGCGUCGGAAGCUCUUUUCACGGUUUCGCGGAUCACUAUCAUGGAGCAUUAACGAUUAUCGCCACUCCUUAUUACGGUGCCUAUGUCAGCACAUAUCGUCAUGUGUUGAGUUUCAUGAUAUCCACGAUCUGUCAGUGGAUCAGUGGACGAGGUGGAUACCAUCAGGCACCACGAUGUUGUCUGUUUGAUUCUGUUCAUGUAGAAAUGGAGGAACGACGAGAGGCCUCAGCUCAUCAUCUGUCUAAUACCGCAGGGGUUGAAUCACUUCAUCUCCCCCUCCCCCUCCCGCCGUUCUCGGAUUAA